AUGUUGGAAACGAGAUUAAAGAAUCCGGACAAAUACGUAGAACGAAGACCAUACCGCCUCAGUCCAGUGGAGAGAGAAAAGGUUCGUACCAUUAUCAACGAAUUACUGAAGCACACUAUUAUACGUGAGAGCAAAUCCCCAUACUCUAGCCCAAUUAUCCUAGUUAAAAAGAAGAAUGGAGAUGACCGAAUUUGUGUAGACUUAUGUUUAUACCUUGCGGGGGACCAUUACCCACUUCCACUCAUCUCCGACCAAAUCGAUCAACUGGUCAAUGGACUCUACUUCACCACAUUUGAUAUGGCGGCAGGUUUCCAUCAAAUACCUAUUUCGGAGAGUUCCAUAGAGAAGACUGCAUUCGUUACGCCUGGUGGGUUAUACGAAUACCUUACUAUGCCAUUUGGUUUAUCCAACGCGUGUGCAGUGUACCAAAGAUGUAUCAAUCGAGCAUUGUUUUCGUUACUGGGCAGUGCUGCUCAAGUUUACGUCGACGAUGUCUUGAACAAAAGUGCUGAUUUUACUGAAGGACUAAUAAACAUUGAAAGCAUUCUCAUAGCAUUACAUAAGGCUGGGUUUUCUAUCAAUGCCGAUAAGUGCAGCUUCUUCCAACGCUCAAUAGAAUCUCAAACGUUGGACAACGUUACCCAAAUAUUCCAAAGAAAGUUGAAGCUCUAG